CGGAUUAGAUACCAACGAUGAGUCGCCGAGUCGGCCAGAAAGUGUUUGAUUGGGUUUCUGUCAUGGCUAGGGCGCCUGCAGAAGCCAGAGGAGAUAUCGGUGCCUUGAGAGGAAGAUAUGAAGCGUUGAAAGCAGCCAUGAAUUCUUAUCCUGAGAAGCCCGACCCUGUACCGUGGCAGUACUAUCAAAGUCAAAUUAGUGAUCCCAAGCUAGUAGAAUCGUUCAAGAAGCAGUUUGAAGCUCUUUCUGUACCCUAUCCUGAAGACACUAAGACAGCAUUUCUUGCUGAACAGGAAAAGGAAGCUACUGACUGA